AGCUAACCAUUUGAAUAGAUUAAAGGACAAUGGCUUCUUCUCUACAUUCUUUACUUGGGGCAUUUUCUUGUAUCUGUGGAGGAGAACUCCAUUGGGGCUCAUUGUGCAUCCACAGAGUUUUGGUUGAUGCCUUGACUAUAUUCAUAGCCUUUGUAUACUUUCUGGUCUCUUUCAGAGGUCCUCCAAUGAGGAUCAGCAUUAGAGAAUCCAGAAGGUCCACUUUCCCUUUUGUGGUAUCCCUUUGUUGCACCCUUAUGAGUGUUGCGUAUCUCGGUGCCACUCUUCACAAACUUAUCACCAAAAGACAUGAUUUUUGUUCUCUAAGCUGGUUGCCGUACUUCACAAAAGGAGUGAUUUGGAUUGCAUUUACCUUCUCCUUGCUUGUUCAAGGAUCCAGAGUCGUCAAAGGUUUUGUAUCUAGUUGGUGGGUUGUUUCCUUUCUGUUGAUUUCUUCUCUAAACAUUGAAGAUUUGGUCACAACCCAUACCAUCCAUAUUAUGGACGUGGUCACUUGGAUCCUUACCUUAUUGCUCCUCUUCUCCGCUUUGUCUAACUUCCGUCUUCUCAUUCUUUCUCAACCAGUUUCUGUCAAGACUUUGUAUAAACCUUUGUUAGUUGUUGAGCUAUCUGAUGGUGGGAGGCAUGCUAGUUUCUUUAGCAAACUGACAUUUUCUUGGAUGAGCCAUAUGCUCUCGUUGGGCAAGUCAAAAACAAUACUUCUUGAAGACAUUCCAUGUUUAGAAUCAGAAGAUGAAGCAAAGUCGAACUAUGAUAAAUUGUGUCAUGUGUGGGAAAAUAGCUCCAAAGCUUCAUCAAACUUGAUUCUAAAAGCCAUAUCAAAAAGGUACAGGAAAGAAAUUGUGCUUGGGGGAGUCUAUGCACUUCUUAGGAUGACUGCUGUUGCAAUUUCUCCACUUCUGCUAUAUGCAUUCGUAUCUUAUUCAAAUCUUGAGAGUAAAGAACUCUCGAAAGCUCUUCUUCUAGUUGGGUGCUUGGUUCUUGACAAGGUUCUCGACACUCUGCCCAACCGACAUUUCUAUUUCUACUCCAAGAGGGUCGGUAUGAGAAUCAGAUCAGCUCUAAUGGCGGCGGUUUUUCAGAAACAGCUCAAGCUUUCAAACCGAGGAAAGCAAAGGCAUUCAACAGGAGAGAUUGUGAAUUAUAUUGCAAUCGAUGCAUAUCGAAUGGGGGAAUCUGUGAUGUGGUUCCACAUUGGUUGGAUUUCUGUUCUGCAAAUCUUUCUGUCUGUUGCAGUGCUCUUUUGGGUGGUUGGUCUUGGUGCCCUUCUCGGUUUAGCCCCUCUUGCUAUCUUUGGAGCCCUUAAUGCGCCAUAUGCAAAGAUAAUCCAAAAAUGUCAGUCUGAAUUCAUGAUGGCCCAAGACAAGAGGCUAAGGUGCAUGUCUGAGUUCUUGAACAGUAUGAAAAUCAUCAAGCUGCAAUCGUGGGAAGAAAGCUUCAAGAAUGCAGUGGAAUCCUAUAGAGAUAUCGAAUUAAAAUGGCUAACAAAAGCUCAAUUGUGCAAGACAGUGAGUACCUUUCUGUACUGGGCAUCUCCCACAAUCAUAUCAUCCCUAGUAUUCUUAGGGUGUGUCCUCUUCAACAGUGCUCCAUUUGAUGCUGCCACAGUGUUCACGGUCUUGGCAGUAUUAAGGGUUAUGUCUGAACCCGUUAAGCAGUUACCAGAAGCUAUUUCUUUCAUAAUUCAGUCUAAAGUUUCCCUUGAUAGGAUAGAUUCUUUCCUGUUAGAAGAUGAGAUUAAAAGAGAGGAUGUUACACGAUCUCCUGUUGGACACUCAGAAAAUAUUGUCAGUGUAGUGAAUGGCUGCUUCAGCUGGGAAUCAGAACCCUUACUUAGAAACAUAAAUGUUCAAGUGAGAAGGGGUCAGAAAAUUGCAGUCUGUGGAUCUGUUGGAGCAGGAAAGUCAUCACUUCUCAAUGCUAUACUUGGAGAAAUACCUAAAGUUUCAGGAACUGUGAACGUGUUUGGCUCAAUAGCUUAUGUGGCACAAGCUUGCUGGAUCCAGGGCGGGACAGUUCGUGAUAACAUACUGUUUGGGAAGUCAAUGGACAAAGGAAGAUAUGAAGAGGCAAUAAGAGUGUGUGCUCUAGACAAAGACAUCGAUAGCUUCAGCUAUGGUGACUUGACAGAGAUAGGGCAGAGAGGGCUGAAUAUGAGUGGGGGACAGAAACAGAGAAUUCAGUUGGCUCGAGCAGUUUACAGUGAUGCAGACAUUUAUCUUCUAGAUGACCCUUUCAAUGCUGUUGAUGCACAUACUGCUUCAUGUCUUUUCCAUGAAUGUGUUAUGAAUGCAUUGAAGACGAAAACUGUCAUUCUUGUUACUCACCAAGUAGAAUUUCUCUCUGCCGUUGAUCACAUUCUGGUACUGGAAGAAGGAGAAAUUAGUCAAUCAGGAUGCUAUACUGAGCUUCUGAUGAGUGGGAUGGCCUUUGAACAGCUAGUCAAUGCUCACGAAAGUGCAAUAAAUGCAUUUGAUCCACUGGUGAAAAAGAUUGAUCAUAGACCUCAGAGAGAGCAUACAACUGACGGGGGGCUUGAAGAGGUCAAAAUGGACUCUUUAGAUAAUGAAGAAAAUGGUCAGAUUUUGUUGAUGGAAGGGGGGGCUCUUCAGCUAACAGAAAAUGAGGAGAGGGAGACGAAUGAAUCUAUGUGGAAGAUAUUCAUGGAUUACAUUUUGGUCUCCAAUGGAUCCCUUUACAUGAUACUAAACAUUGUAGCUCAGACCGGUUUCGUGGUUUUGCAGGCCGCAGCAAGCUAUUGGCUAGCAGUUUCAAUUCAAUGCCCCAGAUUCAGUCAUCUUAUGAUCAUUGGAGUUUUUACUUUGAUUUAUCUGCUAAGUACAAUCCUUGCGUAUCUCAGAUCCCUAUUUGCAGUCCUCCUUGGACUCAAAGCUUCAAAAGCCUUUUUCUCUGGUUUUUUAGACUCUGUUUUCAAGGCUCCCAUCCUUUUCUUCGACUCUACCCCAGUUGGACGGAUAUUAACUCGUGCUUCUUCAGACCUGAGCGUAUUGGACUAUGACAUCCCUUACACCUAUAUUUAUGCAAUGUCUGCCGGGAUAGAAUUGGUUGUAACAAUUGGUAUUAUGGCCUCUGUCACAUGGCAGGUUCUCAUUGUAGGCAUCAUAGCUACUGUUGCCUCCAAAUAUGUCCAGGAAUUCUAUCAACCCACAGCAAGGGAACUGAUGCGGAUCAAUGGGACAACAAAGGCUCCAUUAAUGAGUUAUGCAGCCGAGACAUCACUUGGAGUUGCCACAAUAAGGGCAUUUGAUAUGGCAGACAUGUUUUUCCUCAACUAUCUGAAACUAGUGGAUGCAGACGCAAAAGUCUUUUUCAGCUCAAAUGGAUCGAUGGAGUGGCUUGUUUUGAGAACGGAAAUACUCCAAAAUCUCACCCUUUUCGUAGCUGCUUUCUUCCUAAUUGCAGUUCCAUCGCGUUUUCUCCCUUCAGGUCUCGUGGGGCUCUCUUUUUCGUAUGCCUUGGUACUAACAAACACUCAAGUGUAUUUCAGCCGGUGGUAUAGCAGCUUAGCUAACUACAUUAUCUCAGCUGAAAGGAUAAAACAAUUUAUGCAUUUAGCUCCAGAGCCACCAGCUGUGUUGGAAAAUAACAGGCCAAACUCUUCUUGGCCUUCCAAGGGUAGAAUAGAAUUCAUAGACCUGAAGAUAAGAUACCGUGUAAAUGCUCCAUUAGUUCUCAAAGGAAUAACAUGCACCUUCAAUGAAGGGACACGAGUAGGAGUUGUAGGGAGGACAGGAAGCGGGAAAACGACGCUGAUCAGUGCAUUGUUCCGCUUAGUGGAGCCUUACAGUGGGAAAAUCAUUGUUGAUGGUCUUGAUAUCUGCUCCAUAGGCCUCAAAGAUUUGAGGCUAAAACUCAGCAUCAUCCCACAAGAGCCUACUCUUUUCAGAGGGAGUGUUCGAACAAAUUUGGACCCUUUAGGCCUUUACUCUGAUGAUGAAAUUUGGAAGGCUCUGGAGAAAUGCCAGCUCAAGGAUACCAUUAGCAGACUUCCACACCGGCUAGAUUCCUCAGUGAGUGAUGAGGGCGACAAUUGGAGCAUGGGACAACGCCAACUGUUCUGCCUCGGAAGAGUACUUCUGAAGAGGAACAGAAUCUUAGUUCUGGAUGAGGCAACGGCUUCCAUUGACUCUAAUACAGAUUCCACUUUGCAGAAAAUCAUCAGAGAAGAAUUUUGCAAUUGCACAGUCAUCACUGUUGCUCAUCGUGUUCCCACUGUCAUAGACAGCGAUAUGGUCCUCCUCCUCUCUUUUGGGAAGCUCGUUGAAUAUGAUGAGCCUUCAAAGCUUAUGGGAAGAAAUUCUUCAUUCUCGAAACUGGUUGCUGAAUAUUGGUCCAGCUGCAGAAGGAAUUCCCAGGAGGAGCUCAACCACUGAGAUAGAUACUAUUUAAGAUGGCAGGUUAUAAUAAUAUGCCAAAAGACCAAAGUGAAAAUAAAGCAUGUUGAUUUACUUUGGGAGUACCAAUGAAAUACGUAUUUAGUCUGCCUUGUAUACAGCAUAAACCAUUAUAAGAUUUUAUUUACAUAAAUUAUCAGUAACAAAUUUGGGAGUAACAAGACAGGACUUCUCUCUCAAAAUGUUUCUAAUUAAUCAACCCUCUAGUUCUCAGAUCGAAUAAGCAAGAAAGAUGACAUUAUGACAAUAAAUAUUCAUAUUCCACCUGUUCCCUUCAUGAAAAUUUCACAUACAUCUGCUUUCUCCAGCUUGAUUACUUUAACUACAUUUCUACAUAUCAACCUUAAAAGUUUUGCCAUGAAUGCUCUUCAGUCUUUAGAUCCAAGUUGUCCAACCAUUGUUUCCACCUUCAUUCCAGUCUGCUUAGGAUCCAAGAACCCACACACACACAAAGUGCCACGGCAUUUGCAAGAUUAUUUUCACUUCUGCCAAUCAAUGUCUACAUCUCCAGACUCCAGAAUAACUGAUACAGUGAUAU